AUGACUGACGGUAAAACCACUGGGGAGGAAAAUUUGCGGCCAGAAAUAACAUUUCCUCCUGAAAUAACGGUUGGAAUUGACAUUGAGACUUGCUCAUAUUGUGUUGCUGUGUGGAACGGUACAGAAGUAGAGUAUGCAGUAAAUAAGAACAACAUGAAGGCAUAUGACCAAGAGACGUUGAUUAAGGCUAAAGUUUUCAAGAUGAGGCGCUUGAUUGGCCGAGCCGAAACUGACCCCGUAACUCAAGUAACUAGAAAUUUGCCUUUUCAGAUGUUGGCCAUUGACGAUGAAUCUCCCUCUAGCAGUCCAGAAGAAUUUCUGACAUCUUAUUUGAAGGACUUAAAACAACUUGCUGAGAGUGUACUGGAACGAUCGGUAAGAGAUUUAGUUCUCACCCAUCCAGUUUCAUUCAAUAGAUUUCAGCUAACUCGGAUACAUGAUACAUGCCGGAAAGCCGGUCUGCAAAUCCUACAGAUGAUACCUCAACCAACAGCCGUGGCUUUCUUGUAUGCACAGCAACAGCUGAAAGCUACUUCUUCUUCUUCUGAUCUUAAAGGUAAGAAAACUGCACUCAUUUUUAAUAUGGAUUCAGGUUAUUGUGAUGUUGCUGUGAUUGCUGCUACAUUAGAAGGAAAAUGCCGGAUGAAAGCCUUGGCAGGUAGUGCUAUAGGUGGAGAGGACGUGAUUGGAAAUACGAUGCGUCUUGUUAUACCAGAUUUUAAAAACAAAUUAAAAAAGAAAGGAAGAAAUAAGAAACUCAAAUCACUUAGAGUAGAAAUACUGAAAGUAAUUCAUGGACUCAAGGACAAGAGAAGUGUUGAGUUUGAUUUAGACUUGGGAGAUGGUCGGAAGAUACGAAAGGUUGUAAAGAAGGGAGAGUUUGAGGAGGUAAACAGAGAAGUUAUUUUAACUUGUGAAAGGCUAAUAAGGCGAUGCUUGCAAGAUUCAAAGAUAAAAGCUAACAGUUUAGAUGAUGUAAUAAUUGUUGGUGAGUUUGGGAAUAUGCUAAAGCUGCAUAACCUUGUUCCUAAAAAGGGUGUUGCUAUGAAUCCUUUGGAAGCUGCACUUUGCGGUGCAGCAGUGGCAGGAGCUGUUGCCUCAGGGAUUAAUGAUCCCUCAAAUUUAAAGUUGUCUAUUUCUCCCAUCACAUCUCAUUCCCUCGGAAUUCGAGCUAAUGGGAACAAAUUUGUGUGUGUCAUUCCUAGGAACACUUCACUACCAGUAAUGGAGGUUAUGAAAUUCACAACCAGUCAUGAAAAUCAAACUGAGGUGUUGAUUCUAGUCUAUGAAGGAGUUCUUAUAAUUGAGGUGGUCAUGGAAAUUGAUAGUCUAAACAAGUUGAGAAUCGGUGCUGGAGUUUUCGGGCCUGUCGAGAUGCCAAAGCCAAUGAUCGAUCCCACAAAAUUUUUGGAUUAUGAGGCACUAAAUAGGAUGUUUGGUGACAAAAUGGAUUUGGCAACUUUCGUCAAGAAGAAAUAA